CACGGCACACAUUGCGCCUCGACUGCUGGCGGUUCAAAUCAUGGCGUCGCCGAAGGGACCAUCAUCGUCACUGUCCAGGCUGUCUUGAACUGCGCUCCGCGAGCCCGUGGCUCGCACGCUGGCAUCAUCGCGGGCAUCGAGUGGGCGGUCGACGACGCGAAGGAGCGCGGUCUGCCCGCGAUAAUUUCGAUGUCGCUGGGUACGAACCAAGUCGGCGUCUUUGACGACGCAAUCCGCGCCGCCUACGACGAGGGCGUCCUGACAAUUGCUGCUGCAGGCAACUCCAACGACGAUGCAUGCGGCUAUUCGCCCGCCUCCGUGCCGCUCGCAGUCACCGUCGGCUCAACC